GUUGCAUCAAUCGUAGUUCUGUAAUUUCCCGCAUUCAGAAGAUAGAUUUCCGUUUCCGCGUCUCUUUCAAACCUAAAUGCCCAUUGAAAACAGCACCUCAAGUAAAAAUUAGUGCCACAGUGUUUGCUCUGUUUGCUUCUAAAAACAUGAUGUGAUUUUUUCUGAGAAAAACGGACUGCGGAGCAGCUGACUGCUUUGUGGACUUCAAUACCUCCCUUUGAGAAGCUGCACAGUGCAGCAGAAGCACAUUGUCGGCGGACGAUUGCUGCAAAAAUGGAGUUUGCCGCUGCCGGCUCGAGAAGUGCUGCGGGUGGCGGGAGGAGCAAAUGCAUCCGAAGGAGUGUACUGCAGGAAGAUGCCGACACCUACCCACCGCUAGAAGAAGUAGAUGGCACUACUACAACUAGCAUGGCAUCCGACGAUGAAUGCCUCUACGGCCGCAUUUAUCACGACGCUAGGACAGCACCAAGUUCUUCGUCCGCGUCCAGUCCAUCGCGACGGAGGAGCAGAAGUCGAGCAUCUCGAACUACAACUUUCGCUGCCGCUAGAAAUAACUCGCACGUGUCCAGCGCGAAGAAGAGUGCGUUUCUCUUGCUCACGUCGAUGCUGAACUCGUUGGACCCGGUAGUCGUUCCCCAGGUCCGGGCGCAACUCAACGUGGUCAUUCUGGAGGACUUGGAUUGCCCCUGCCAGGACGAAGACGGGAUUUGUUUCAUCCCGGUGUGUCCAAAGGGCAUGUACCAGUGCUGCUUUGACUGUACCAUCAGCACAUGCGACAAAGACGAACUGGGCUACUUCCCGAAGGGCGAACUGUAUCUCUCCGAGCGCGGGCAACUGGAGUGCUUGCAGUGCCAAUCCGGCGAUUUCUGCAGCGGGUAUUGGACAGUGUUUGGCUUUCUUGUUUUCAUGCAGUAUUUUUACCGCCUAGAAAUAAGAGGAAGAGCAUCAUACAUCAAUCCGCGUGCACAUUGACAUUUCUCGUCGUGGUUGGCUGUAUGAGACUUUUUUUGCGAAUACUCGCGCAGGUGCGACUCCUACGAAGUGUGCCCCAGCGUGAUGGCCAAGGACAGCAAGGGCGGCACCUACGAUGCACCGCGCGUGAGCCCGCCAGGGUCAAUCCUGGACCGAGAAUGCCAGCGCUGUCCGGAUGGCUACGAAGCGGACUUCAAACGCGACCGCUGUGUGCCACCGUACUCGAUUUUGCUUUCGUGACGCCAAUAGAUACAGUGACAGGAUGAAAAGGAAUAUAGUACCUGGCCUAGAACAAGUACACCUAGCCGGCGGAAACCGAAAGAUUAUCGUACUAGAUUUUGCUUGAAUGAAGAUGAUGAUCCUCUAUAUUACAGAUUCCGACAGCAGUGCGACAUGACUUUAAUGGAGAUCUGCAUCUUAUGGAAGUGUCAGAGUCGAAAUUGACAAAGUCGAAAAAUUUGCGAUGCACAAAAUCGAUGUCAGUUGGAGCCUCAGUUUCCAAGCGGCGCAUGACAAAUUUCGAGAGCACCCAAAUCCAGUAUGUCAUGCUGUUUUGGCAAAGAAGGCUGCUCCUGUCAUGCUACUCUGGCAGCGCGUUGCAUACCCCUAAACAGGCUGACAAUCGGUCUCAUUUGCCUGCUCCCCAAUACAGGCCUUCAUUGCCCUACAUUUUACGCAUCACAAGUUUUUCGAUUUUGUGGAUUUCGAUCCUGACACAUCCAUACAUCUCCGGCUGCAAGGAAAAUCCAACCAACGACGAAUGCCAGCGAAUGGAAUGUAUAGUAGAAUUUUUCAUUUUUUUGUGCAUGCGUUAAAAUGUUUUAUAGUGGAAUUGCCUGCGUUAAAAUGUUUGUUUUUGUCUACCAGAUAGGAUACGAGACUUUUGUUUUUGUCCGCACCACGUUGCUUGAUGUUCUGCUUGAAUGUCUGUAAUGCCUAGGUGAAAGCCAGGUAGUAAAGGCAGUCCAGCUCUUGCUCUUGCUUGAGAGAUGCUAUCGGUGUCUUUUUCUUUUGCGAAAUUCUUACUUUUCUUUCUGAUGAUCGUUCGUAGACGCCAUAAAGUAUUCUUUCUGUCCUCACCACUCUGAGGAAAGCAAGAAUCUAGUCCAUAGGGGGGGAGAGGGGCUUGUUCUUUUUUUUUUUCUCCGUUUGGCCAAUGGGCAGAUUGGGGCCGGCAAGGCCGGCGGAUUUUUUUUGCAAAAAUGAAAUCCCCAAUCAAUAACCUUGUUCCUUUUAUCGCGCAACCUACAAGAUGACAUCUCGACUCCGCAAAAAAAAAAAGAAAAGCAAGCAAGACUAUCUGAGAAAAGAAAGAGCCUGAGAAAAUCAGGACAUAAAAGACGCAGUGGAGCAAAAGAAAAAACAGAUAGCACGCGGAAAAAAAAGUGAAAAACUCUCUGCGCAAAGGUUGGCCGCAGCGAAGUGUGUAUAGCUCCGUGUUGAUCACUAAGCUCGGUGGCGCUCUCGUUCUGGCCAGCUUUGCUGCAUUUGCAAAGAAGCUAGCUACCGGGCAUAGCUUGGGGCUUGGUUUUUCCUAUUCGACUUUCACAUCACCCAGAGGCGGCGGGUUUUGUGUCAGGUCUGUCGGGUGGUUGAGGAUGCUUCCCAGCUCUUAGGGGAGUAUCUUCUGAACACUACGCGUGAGGGUGGUAGCGAGUAGUGGACCCCAAUUGGACUUCCCUUCACUGCUAAAACGGGUGGUGUUGCGUCGUCCGAGAUGCCCGGCUCUCAAAGCAAUCCGGUGCAGACAGUUUACCUUUAGGAAAGUCAAGCAGUUCGAGAGCAGUUUCUGGCUCACCUUGGUAGCUAUUACAGUACCGAAGAAGCUUGCGCCAUAUUGUUUUUUUGUGCAGCUGAUGCGCAUAAUGAUAGCAAGAGUAACAAUAAGUAACCUUAUUGAUCUGCAAUGUAUAAUUAGAAUUUAUCCAAUUCUUAUUGAUUCUUAUUGAUUAUUAUUAGAACAAUAAGUAACCUUAUUGAUCUGCAAUGUAUAAUCCAACCAACGACGAAUGCCAGCGAAUGGAAUGUAUAGUAGAAUUUUUUAUUUUCUUUUGCAGCUGAUGUGCAUAGCCAUAGUAACAGUAACAAGCAACCCUAUGUAUUAAUCUGCAAUAAAAUUCUGCCGCGCAAGAAUACGUAGGAUGUUGUACAACUUUUUCCCUUAAGCGCAAAAAUCCAAACCAACAGGCCGCAUCUUCUGCGCAAACGAUCAGCGAGACUCCCACCCAGACUGCCUGGAGGCGCACAAGGAGAUGUGCCAGGAGUUCAACCUGCCGGAGGUCGACCCGAACCAACAGCUCUUGCCGGGUCUCGCGACGACCACAGAAGCACCCACAAUCUUGCUCACCGAUGAUUCCGGGAUUGCCACCGUGGCUCCGGUAAGAUGAUGAAAUCCUUGAUGUUUCUGGUCGUGAUUUUUGUUCUACACCCACUGACACUUUUUCUUAUGCCGGCAUACUGUCUGUAGUAUCCUUCACCUCAUCACUAAGAGAUACAUACAACAUGGACGCAAAGGGUUAUAAAAACUUUGCAGUUCCGGCAAGAAGUCGCCUGCAAUAUCAAUUGCAACUCCAGUGUGCGGAACGGUCUCGGCGUGCUGGCUUUUCUCGUGGGUGUGAUGGUGGUGUACUUGUAAAAAGUCGACGAUUGUCGAUUGAUAUUGAUUCGCCGAACUCGUAGAGCAAAACAGAGACAAAUUUCCUAGAAAGAAUUUACCAGAUGAUCUGCUUCUUUGCAAAACAAUGUACUGAAACCUAGAUAGCGCCAAAAUGUCCUACCCCUUGCAACAAAAAUAAAUGCCCCUGAUAAUGCAGUCACGAAUUCGGUGUUAGAAUGGCAAACGCAAAAGUAACCUUUUCAGAUAAGCAAAUAGUUUCAACGGAAUUGCAAGCGACACUGACGAAGAAAUAUUUUGACUGAAUAUGUGUGCGCAAAAUAUUAAACUAAAAGUCGUCGCAAACAAAGUAGAGCUUAUUUUAGAGUAGUUCUUUACUCUCCUUGUAGGAUUGACGCCCACUUCUAUGUGAGCUAGAGUAUGUGCAUCCCUUGUACACAAGAAAGCAGAUGCAGGAGCAGAGCUCGAAAAAAGCGCCACCUGUAUCUAUCACAAAGACGUUCGUCGUUACACGCUAGUUCCAGCCCAUUAUCGUGCGG